AUGAAGAAAGCGAGGGUUCUGCUUAAACCCUCUUUACUCUCCAGAGCCACCACCGUCUUCUCCUCUCUUUCUCCGUCACGCCUUCUCUCUCACCAAAUGGAGACGAAUCCUUCCUCGGAUUCGUCGCGUUACUGUUAUGAUCCAGUGUUGCGAUGGGAUCCUCAAGUAGAAGACUACUUCAACAAAGCUUAUGGACCUGAUCACUUUUCUCGCAUCUCAAAGGCUCUCACGCGUCCGUCUUCCUACUCGUGCAUUCGAGUGAACACAGUUAAAACGACGAGCGACGCUGUUAUCGAAAAGCUUACGAAGAUCUUAAACGAGUCCGAGGAUGGCUUGAAGCUAUUGCAAUCCGAUGGGAGCAGUAGUCCCAUCUCCAAGUGUCAGAUUCCUGGUUUGGAGUAUGUUGUUUUUGUCCAUGGAUCAGGCCCGCAUAGAAUUGAAUAUGGAUCUGGGCUUGAAGGCCCUCCCAAGGAGGUUUUGGUGAGCAGGAAGUGUGCUGAAGCUGUUCUUAGAGGAGCUCAGGUGUAUGUACCAGGUGUACUGGCUUGCACUGCCCAUGUUGAGAAAGGAGAUGCAGUUGCUGUCUGUGUUGCUAUGGAACAGCCUGGUGAUGAUGAAGGUGACUGGAGUGUUAAUAUGACUCGUGGGACCACUCUUCAGGGUCUACCAUCAGAUCCUUUCUAUUGUGAACGCAGAGGACUAUAUAUCGGCAUGGGAACAACUAUGUUGUCAAGGGCUGGCAUGUUUCGUGUUCCUCAUGGAGUUGCGGUUGAUUUGAGCAAUAGAGUUUUCAGAUUGCCUUCUUUCCAUAAUGUCCUCGAGGGGGAAAUAUUUCUUCAAAACCUGCCAAGCAUUGUUGCUGCUCAUGCUCUUGAUCCUCAGAAAGGGGAGAGAAUAUUAGAUAUGUGUGCAGCACCGGGAGGCAAGACUACUGCAAUUGCUAUACUUAUGAAUGAUGAGGGAGUGAUAGUGGCAGCAGAUAGAUCUCAUAACAAAGUGCUGGAUGUCCAAAAAUUGUCUGCUGAGAUGGGCUUAAGAUGCAUAACUACAUGUAAACUGGAUGCGCUGAAAUCUGUUUGUCUUCCAAACGCACUCAGUGAUUCAACAACAUUGGUUAACGGUGAAAAUAUUGGUUCUGUUACCAACCAUUUAUCAUCAAAUGAAGAAAUGGCAUCGGGAAGAUCCGAGGCUGAAAAAUCACCUGAGGUGAAUGCCAGCACUGAACAGCCAAGUGGAGGAGAUGAUGUUAGCGAAGCUGAAAUCAGGAAGAAUAAGGGAAGGCUGAAAAAUGGUCGGGGAAGAACUCAAUCCCAAGGUGGAAGAGCUGGAAAAUCACAAGGUUUCCCGCCUAAUAGUUUUGACAGGGUCCUUUUAGAUGCUCCUUGUUCUGCUCUUGGCUUGAGACCUCGUCUUUUCGCUGGACUGGAGAGUGUUAUAUCGCUGAGAAACCAUGGAAGGUACCAGCGGAAAAUGUUAGACCAGGCUGUUCAAUUGGUACGCAUUGGUGGAAUUCUUGUAUACUCAACAUGCACAAUCAACCCUAGCGAGAACGAGGCGGUGGUUCGCUAUGCUCUGGAUAAAUACAAAUUUCUUUCUUUAGCACCACAGCAUCCUAGAAUUGGAGGCCCUGGUCUAGUUGGUCGAUGUGAAUUCUCUGACGGAUAUGUUGAGGAGUGGUUGAAACCGGGUGAAGAAGAAAUGGUUCAGAAAUUCGACCCUUCAUCUGAGCUUGAUACCAUCGGCUUCUUUAUAGCUAAGUUCAGCGUCGGCCCCAAAGAUUAACAUCUCAAAAUGCUGAUUCCUCAUCCAAAGACAUUCCACAAAAAAAGAUUGUGGUUUAUACGUUGUUAUUUAUCUCGUUUUUCUAAAUGAGAUGGAAAUACGGUUUUGUAAUCAUCUUUCUGAAACUAACAACAUAAAUGUCAUCAUCAACAUUUUUUACAAAAACAAAGAUCUC